CCCGAACCAGAUAAUGGUUUCCCAAAAUAACCUCUUUGUAUAUGAUUUAUGAACCCACUCUUUCUUCUUUAAUCUUUCUUUCUAUAGCGCAAUUAAGAUCAUGGCUUGCACCUCCAGAAAAAGAAAGAGAGAGAGAGAAGUAAAGAAUGAUUAGUUUAUUGAAUUGGAUCUUUCGUCUUUCUUCAGAUCUCCUCCAUUUAAGGACCUCCCCAUAUCUCUCUCACUCACCACCUUCCUUUAACUUCAUUUGAAAACUUUCUUUCCCUAACCAAGAAACCAACAAUGUCAAUGUCGUCUCCUUCUUUUUGACUUCAAUUUUACAUUUUUUUAUGUUUUAACUUCCUUGCUAAUUUAGAAUCAUGAGUUUUCUAAAGCUCCUGUGAAGAUUUUGAAUACAGAUUUCUCAAAGUUCUCUCCUUUACCAUUAGACCCGUUAAUGGAUCCGACUUCAAAAUCCGACCCGCGCCGUCAAUUAUUGGGGGUUUAAAAGCUUCCGACUUUCUUUCUUUCUCAUCUAUCACGGCGGCGUCGAUGAAACGAUCCGUUAGACCUCUCUUCAGUGCUCUUCUCUUCGCCUUCUUCGCCGCUACACUCAUCUGCAGAGUGGCGAUUCGUCGGAGCAGCUUCUCCUUCGCUUCCGCCAUCGCUGAGCUUGGUUCCUCCGGUCUCAUGACUGAAGAUAUUGUAUUCAACGAGACAUUGCUCGAGUUCGCCGCCAUUGAUCCCGGAGAACCUAACUUCAAACAGGAAGUCGAUUUGAUUUCCGAUUACGACCACACUCGGAGAAGCCACCGUCGACAUUUCAGCUCCAUGUCAAUAAGACCAAGCGAGCAACAACGCCGUGUGAGUAGAGACAUUGCUUCCUCCUCCAAGUUUCCGGUAACGCUUCGUUCUUCUCAGGCUUAUCGUUACUGGUCAGAGUUCAAAAGAAAUUUACGGCUUUGGGCUCGUAGAAGAGCUUAUGAACCUAAUAUCAUGUUAGAUUUGAUCAGAUUAGUUAAGAAUCCGAUUGAUGUUCACAAUGGUGUUGUUUCGAUUUCGAGUGAAAGAUACUUAUCUUGUGCAGUGGUUGGGAAUAGUGGUACAUUGCUAAAUAGUCAAUACGGAGAUCUCAUUGAUAAGCAUGAGAUUGUGAUUCGGUUGAACAAUGCGAAAACAGAGAGGUUUGAGAAGAAGGUUGGAUCGAAAACAAAUAUAUCUUUCAUAAAUAGUAACAUUUUGCAUCAAUGUGGGAGAAGGGAGAGUUGCUAUUGUCAUCCUUAUGGUGAAACAGUGCCUAUUGUGAUGUACAUUUGCCAACCGAUUCAUGUUUUGGAUUACACUUUGUGUAAACCAUCUCAUCGAGCUCCUCUGCUUAUCACGGAUCCGAGGUUCGAUGUCAUGUGUGCUAGAAUCGUGAAGUAUUACUCGGUGAAGAAGUUCUUGGAAGAGAAGAAAGCGAAAGGGUUUGUCGAUUGGAGUAAAGAUCAUGAAGGCUCGUUGUUUCACUAUUCGUCGGGUAUGCAGGCUGUGAUGCUUGCAGUGGGGAUUUGUGAGAAAGUUAGUGUCUUCGGGUUUGGGAAGUUGAAUUCAACCAAGCACCAUUACCAUACUAAUCAGAAAGCAGAGCUGAAGCUUCAUGACUAUGAAGCAGAGUAUAGAUUGUAUCGAGACCUGGAAAACAGUCCCAGGGCCAUUCCAUUCUUACCAAAAGAAUUCAAGAUCCCUUUGGUACAAGUUUACCAUUGAAUAUACAUAUAUACCAUCAAGAGUUUUGUCAUGUAGUUAUUGUUGUUCAAGCGAAGAAGCUUGUUGGCAAGAGUGUCGUUUUGUCCAAGUCCCAAAGAUUUUGCUUCAGAUUGGGCAGUGAAGAUGCAACACUUUCCCAAUGGUAAGAGUACUCUUUACAAUUUUUAGAUUUGUGUUGUCACACAUAUUGAAAUAUAUAUAUGGUAUAUUUGGACGAUAUUCUCACAUCAAUAUAAACCAAAAUCAUUCAGAUUGACGUGUCGAUCGAAAAAGUUAAUCCCACACGCAAGUUUAAUACGUUUGAGUAGUACGUUUAUUCAUGCAAAACACAAAAGCGUGAAUCCUUGUAACAACAAGAAGAUCGAAA